CUGUAGAGGAUGUUUUUGGUUGUAUCAUUUUAAUUUGAGUUAUAAGCUAUUGGUCUCAUUAACAUUUUGAAAAUGUGGUCUUUAGGCGCCAAUUUUAGAUUAGGUUUGAUAGUAUUUAUUGUAAACAUCAUAAGCUUAAUGUCUGGUAUGAUGCUAACCUGGCCUUCUCCAGUACUUCCCAAACUAAUCUCAGUUGAACACCUAUAUCAAAACCCCCUAGGCCGCAUCAUUACAUUAACAGAAGAAUCCUGGAUCGCUGGCCUCAUGUCAAUCGGAGGCAUAUUCGGUCCAUCCAUUACCGGCUUCAUCAUGGAAAAGUUUGGAAGGAAACUUGCCAUCGCUUGUGUACACUUACCCAAUAUUUUCUCCUGCCUAUUGGCAGCAUUUGGAAAUAACGUUUGGUACUUUUACGUUGCUAGAGUGGCCGCGGGGAUGAGCAUUAAUUCCGGUAUAGCGAUGGGAGCAAUUUAUUUUGGAGAAGUGGGCGAGAAACGUACCAGGGGCAGCCUCUUCUCCACAACAUCAAUAUUUAUUAAUUUGGGCACUCUUUUGACUUACUGCAUCGGACCUUAUACGACAAUAAGAAAUUUUAAUUUAAUACUACUUUCGAUUGUCGUGAUUGGAAUAUUGGCCACGUGGUUGUACGUUCCAGAGUCUCCAUACUUUUUGGUACAAAAAGGGAAAUAUGAGGAAGCCGAAGAAUCUUUGAAGAUCCUGCGCGGUACCAGUCAAGUAAAAGAUGAAAUUGAAGAAAUCAAGAGUGAUAUUUCAAAGAUGACCCAUGAUGGAGUUUUUGCGAUUUUUGAAACGAAGGCGUCCAGGAAGUCUUUUGCUUUGGCAUUUUUUUUGAUUAAUAUGAUGCAGUUUUCUGGUGUCAACGUUAUUUACACUUACACUCAGAUGAUUUUUAAUGAAGCAGGUACCAAUUUGGGUGCGGAUAUUUCGUCAAUAUUAGUUGGUGUGGCCCAGUUUUUGUCCAUUUUUAUAACCACUUUUGGGGUGGACAACUUUGGAAGAAAGAAAAUGAUGGGAUUCGCCUCUGGGUGUAUGGCCUUAACCCUGGCCACUUUGGCCACAUUUUUUCAGUUACAAGCUCGAGGAAAUGACACGUCACAAAUCAGUUGGCUUCCCCUGACUUGUUUGAUAUUAUUUUUUGUUUUUUUCAACUGUGGAUUAGGUGCUCUGCCUUUUCUAUAUAUGGGUGAAAUUUUACCUUUAAAUAUAAAAUCUGCCAGUACCUCGAUUAUUAUGGGGAGCUUCUGCUUGGUUGGGUUCUUAAUAACUUAUUUUUUUAAUAGUAUUACGCAGAAAAUUGGCACCGGUGGUGGAUUUUACAUCUUUGCUAGUGCAAUGGUUUUAAAUGCUCUAUAUGUGAUGAUUUUUUUGUUUGAAACUAAAGGAAAAACCUUACAAGAAAUUAAUGAUCAUUUAAACAAUAAAUCUAAGGAGACCAGUUCUAUUAAAGGACCUGGAUUAUAAUUAGCUUAAUUAAUCUUAACUUAUGUUGUCCUAUUAAUUAUUAAUUAGAGAGAAAUAGUAUAAGACUGAUUAAGUAAGGACAAUUGUUGAAAAAAAGUGUUUUUGAAUAAAAUUGUUAAAAAUAAAAA